CUAUACCUAUAUAGACUUAAUGCACGGGAACAGAACGUUGGAACGAGCGUUCACUCGACAGGUUAUCACGGGACGCGCUACCGUCACCAUCUCCAGACUCUAACUCGGCUCUUUAUCUCCUCUAAGCCAUGUGUUUCGCUCGUAUUAUCAAUUAUCAUCCUCAUUAUCCUCAUUGUCAAUUCAAUUCGCUUGCUCGUAAGUUAUAUUAAUAACAAUAAACCCUCAAUGACACCCAAUAAAUUUAUAUUUACGAUUAGCGUGCGUGUGUGCUGUCAAACGUGAUUAUUCUUAUAAAAUUUAUUAAAAAAUAAUUAAUUAAAAAGCUAAAAUAAAAGUGAAAAAUAUUUAAAAAAUGUGAGGAAAAAAUAUAAGCUGAAAUCGUUGACGUGAAAACAAACCCAUUGAAUCGAGAGUGAAAUUGUUUAUUGGAGCGAUAAUAAUCGAACGAUCACCCACACGCUACCUCUUUUUUAUUUAAUAUUUAAUAUUGAAUAAAUAUUUAUACAGCGCAAUAGUUUGUUUAAUAUCCAACACGUGCAGUGUUGGAUACCGAGGAAGACUUAGACAGUAGAAUCUCAAUGAGAGGAUGAGAGAAUGCAAAGCAGGAGCGCAGAUGCGGUGUCAUGUGUCGCGGCCAAGGACUGUGCCACUAAUUUAUCGCUCCCGCUAUUAGGUUACUCGUCUGCGUCCACCGCAACGGUGGUUUAUGUUCGCGUAUCCAUGUGUACUUACUAGUCAAAGUGUAUGCUCUGCUCUCCUUAUUCUGUCUUGGUCUAGUCUGUUCGCCUAUCUGCUUCUUCUAUGUGAUACUCCUCACGUCUACUACAGUAACUGGAUAAAUUAACACGCCAAGAUACUACGCCAGCUCGAGUGCAAGAGAUACGAGUCAAGAUAACGAGCCAUCCGCUCGGUUCAAGAAAAACUCGAGAAAAUUUCAGCCAUGUGUGCGUGCGAUAGAUUAUUAUCUUUGUAAUAACCAGUCUAUCAAGGUCAUUUUCCAUCGGAAGUACCGCAAUAUUGACGGGCAGAAUAGCCAGGCCGGCUUUUGGUCAAAGCUUUAUCAAUAUUAGAACAACGGCUACUAAAAUUUGCAGCUGAUGUCUUGCUAUUGGAUAUGAUAAUGUUGUACUCAUUGUGGAAAUUUUAAUCAGAAAUGCGAUUGACUAGGACGACAAUGAAAUUCCGAGAUCCGCGCAAACUGCGAUAGAGAUAAAAUAAUUCAUAUGACCAGAGCCCAGAUCUCUUCUUCGCCUUUGAAGCGACGCAGAGACACGAUGUUACGCGUUCUGGGAGUUAGACUGUUGUCGAGGCUUCUCGUCCUCGUGUGCUCGCUAUCACUACUGUCACUGCUCUUCCUCAAUCGAUGUGGCUUCAAUAACUUGGACACUGACCUCAUUGACACUACUGAUUCGAUAACCCCGCCGAGUUUGCUCGAAGCGAAUCAACGUGAAGAAGAAACGAGACUCGAAAUCGAAAGACUCACCGCCGAAAUUCGCAGUCUCAAGUUGCAGAUACUUCAACUAACAGGUGGACCAGUUGGCCACGGAGAAACUCUAGCAGGUCUAAACUCAACAGAAAUUGGAGACUGCCUGGCCGCGAGACGGCAAGUUGAGUUCGCGGAAAUAACUCAGGGCCUGCCGCUGAACAACGAGUACGAGCUGAUAGCCUUCAGCCACUUCACCUACUCGCGGCUGUACCCGGUGGACCUGGGGCUUGGAAAGCGCGUGGUGGAAAAGCCGAUCGGGUUCAAAAGAAAAGACCUACUGGAAGCCUUGGCGAAAGCCGUGGACACGCUUAACAAGAAUGUCUCCUCGAUCGCCGGAAAGUACACCCAAGAAGACUUCCUGGAGGGGCUGUACCGCGUGGAGCCGACCACCGGGACCCAGUAUGAGAUGUACUUCAGGUCGAAGACGGUAAACAAGAGCUCCCAGGUUACGCAGACCAAUGUAAACUCCGGGUACACCAAGAUCGUGAUGAUGAGACCCUACGCCCCGAUCCACUUCGUGUCCCUCCAGAGGCAGCCUGCUAGGGACAAGGAGCUCAUCCACAUUAUUCUCCCUCUGUCAGGAAGGACCGGGACCUUCCAGAGCUUCAUGGACAAGUUCGUUAAGAUCGGGCUGAAAAACGACCGCCGGGUCCAUCUGACGGUGGUCUACUUCGGGACAGAAGGGCUCUCUGAGGCGAGGUCCAUUAUGUCUAGGGUGCUCAUGACACGCGGCACCGGAGGUACCAAUCAGAAUUUACGGCUCCUUGCUCUCAAUGAAACUUUCUCGAGGGGAAAAGGCCUCAGAGUCGGCGCUGAGAGGGCCUGGACCGGGGAUAAUGAUGUCUUGCUCUUCAUGUGUGAUGUCGAUGUCGUUUUCAGCGCGAGGUUUCUUGACAGGUGUCGGUGGAAUACAGCCCCCGGGCGCAAAGUCUAUUAUCCCAUUGUCUUCAGUCUCUACAAUCCUCACGUUGUCUACACGCUCCAGGGCCGCGAGGUCCCACCCGAGAGAGAUCAACUCGUGAUUUCUAGAGACACCGGCUUCUGGCGAGACUUCGGAUACGGCAUGACCUGCCAGUACAGGUCGGAUUUUCUCAGAGUCCGGGGCUUCGACGAAGACAUCGUCGGCUGGGGCGGCGAAGACGUUACUCUCUAUCGUAAAUACGUCAGGAGCAACAUUAAAGUCGUCAGAGCAACAGAUCCUGGAAUUUUUCACAUAUGGCAUCCCAAGGUUUGCUCAGGAGGCCCGGGCCAAAAACUAUCAACAGACCAGUACCGCGCGUGCAUCAGAUCCCGAGCACUGAACGAGGCCUCCCACGCGCAACUUGGGUUCCUGGCGUUCCGUGACGACAUCGCGAGUCAAGCGAUGAACCUCAAGGGGACUCAAACGAAAAAGAAGAAGAAAAAAGGCCCUGUGCAGCCUCAGCCCAAGAAGGACAAAGUCACGGGUUCCAGACCCAAGGACGACCCCAAGGAGAAGUCACCGAGCCAAGACAAGCCGGCUUACCAGACUUGAUAUCAUCACUAGACUCAAUUAAGUCUCAAUCCUCUGUAAAUAUCGUGUAUAAAUUUAUAUUAAUGAAAGUAUUGAAAUGUACUGAAAUUUAUCCGAGAUAAAUUUUUAAUCUGUGUGCAAGAUUAUUAAUAAGGAUAUUUAUUUGUUAAUAUUAAUUAAUCGUACCUUUUUUAAAUGUGAUUAACU